CGCGCCGCGCACGUCCGGCGUCGUUCGCGCGUCAGGUCGCGAGAACCUUUCCGUUUCGGCACCUCGUCGAUCGCACCCGCGCACAGGACGCGCGCGCGACGAGGGCGGGAGGAAUAAUCGCCGUCGAUCGAUCGCGCAUUUGGCGUCGCGCGUUCGACUGAACGGAUUUCUGCGCGCGCGCCGCGUCUCGAACGAUGGAGGUUCAUCCCGAGGUGUACAAGUGGCUCGGCGCGCUCGGAUGCGUGGACGACCGCGCGCACCCGCAGAUGAACGCUCGAGGCCUCGUGGUCAUGGACGAUAACUCGUCGUACGCGUUCGAGAACGGAUCGGCUUUCGGGACGCUGCUCUCGAACCUCGGCGCGCAACGCGGGAUGCCCCCGGCGCCGUUAGAUUCGUUCAAGGACGGCGACGGACCCGUCGCGAGGCUGUACAACUGGAACCUCCUCGGCCCCGUGCUGAAGCCGUUCGGGAUCGUCCUCGACGACAACGCGAAAUCCCUGCUCGUCGCCGGAGACUCGGACAAGUGCGCGUCGCUCCUCGCGCAGUUCUACGAGCGCGUCGUCGGGAUUCUCCCGCCGUUGAUCCGCGCGGGGGCGUCCCCGAGCCAACGCGGCGGCGCGCGUCCCGAGUCCAACUCGAGCUCGAAAAAUUACAACGCCGAGAUGGACAACGCGAUGGCGUUCUCGAGCGUGAAAUCCCCGGCACCGUACAACGACCGCAUGGGCCACCUCAUGAAUAACGGCGAGAACUUCACGAACAGGGAGCUGGACGACGAGUUCGGCCCCGCGACCGGGUCCCGGAUGAACGGCGAGCUCGACGCCGUGGAGAUGCGCGUCAACUCCCCCGGGCCGCUCCCGUUGGGUCAACGCGAUGACCCGUUCCAGUUUGAAAAGGGAGGGAGCGAGCCGGAGACGCCACUGGACUUGCUCGGGCGGACCGUUGAGGGGCCGUUCGGUCUGAAGCAAGGCCAGGGCGUCGUCCUCGUCGGGCAGCAGGCGAGCAAGUUUCUCGACUGGGUCAGAGCCGGGGACAAGCCCGGGUCGAGGUCCAACGCCGCGAAGAAGUGGCUCGACGGGUUGCACGUGGAGAUGAAGUUCCUCGCGGAGCUUCUCGCGCGCGAGGGCGGGCAGAGCAUGCAGGCGACGAUGGACGUCCUCUCCGCCGGUCUCUUGUCGCACGACAAGCAGAUCGUGGCGAAGACGUUGCGCGCGCUCUGCGCGUUGGCAAACGCGCUCGGCCCGGAGGCGCUCCCGGCGGCGAACGAUUGGCUCACCGCUCCGGGCGGACCGACCGUCGCGCUCACGACGCUGCUGUGCGACGCCGGCGGCACGGUGAACACGUCGAACAUUCGCGUCGGCGACGCGAAGGCGGUCGCGGAGGCUGCGCGAGCCGCGGCGAGAGACGCGAUGCCGAAUUAUGCGGAGAACCCGGAGGAGGUGGCGGGCGCGAGAUUCGCGCUCGGAUACCACGGGCAAGAGGACGGGAGCGACGAGUGGGUGAUGCGCGCGCAAAUCGCGGCCGCGAUCGCGGAGAUUGUCGAACGCAUCUGCAGCGAAGGGCUGCAUCAUUUCCUCCUGGAGGACUUGCGGAACGGCGCGGACGCGCGGACGAACCCGCGGCGAUUCGUGGACGCGUUGAACGUGUUGAUUCCCGCGUUGCUCGCCCGAGGGGCGGGGCCGCGGAACGCGAUCGCGGGCGCGGACACCCCCGGGGCGAUCCUCCUCGAGGCGCUGCGCUGCGCGGAGGGACCCGUGGAGCUCCGCGAGAGCGCUCUGACGUUGCUCACGACGCUCUGGUCCGCGUUCCCGGACGAGAUUGAAGUCAUCGGGGACGAUUGCAGGAAAGCCGUCGCGGUGUUGAAGAAGACGGCGCGCGACCCGCAACCGGCGACGCAGAUCCACGCGCUCGCGUGCAUGUUCCAGCUCCUGCACGCGUUCAUCAACAGCGGGAACGCGUACUCCCCGGUCGUGUACAAGACGAUCGUGUUCAUGUUCAUCGAGCACGUGCGCAACAACCCGGUCAGGGACUUCAUAAGCGCCGAGCUCAAGGUUGCGUUGGAUUCGCACGCGAACAUUCCCGUCGGGAUUCUCGUCGACCCGGUGGUGAAGCAGAGCGCGCAGGGGGGAUCGCACCCGGGAUUAAAGCGCGUCGACUUCGCGCUCAUCGCGUCCAUGGCCGAGCACGCGCGGCUCGAAGCGCGACCGGCGCUGCACUUGCUGAACAUGUGCCUGACUACCGCGCUCGAUCACGUCGAUCCCGAUGGGAGGGCGCUGAAGCACCUCACGCAAGAGCGCGCCAUCGCGCUCAAGGCUGCGACGCGACUCGCCGCGCGGCUCAAGGGCGAGGACGCCGCGGAGGAGACGAUCGAGCGCGCCGCGGGCGCGGCGAUGUCGCGCCUCAUGAUGGGCGGCCGCUCCACGGAUGGGUCGAGGACCGAGGAACAGAGGGCCGCGGGGGAGACGAUCGCGGCGUGCGCCACGGCGAUGGCGAAAGUCGCGGGGCCGGGCGUGUUGCACCUCAAGGACAUUCUCCGAAGCGGCGGCGCGUCGUACGCGUCGAAGCUCGGGCAUCACAGCAAGGACAUCGACAACGCGUUGACCAUCCUGCAGAAGGCGAUGCGGAACUCCUCGGACGAAGAGUACUUAGCGAGUAGAUCGUCCCCGCAGCGCGGCGGGGAGGACGCGUACGAGGAGGACGAAGGCGAAGACGGCGAGUACGGCGCGAGGAAACACCCGCGAGCGGCACCGCUGCCGCUCGAAUCCCCCGACGACUCCCCUGGAGGAUCGGACGGCAUGGAUCCGCACCAGAGGGAGUCCAUGCGGAUGAUCCAGAGGAUGGAGCACAUGAACGUGGGCGGGCGGCCGACGCCCGGGCCGCCGCCGCUCGCGUCGGAGUACUUCGCGGACACGCCGACGGCGUUCGGCGACGCGCAGCCGAAAAGAGUUGGCUUCGAGGGCAUCUCUCGCGCGGGCGGCGCGCUCGCCGCGCAGGGGAGGUACGCGCGGGAGAAUCCCACGCCGGUCACGCGUCCGGGCCCGGCGCGGGCGCCGUCGGGCCCGAAGACGCGCUUACACGGCGAGGACUACCGGAACAUGCCCAAGGGCGAGCGGCUUCGGCUGCAACGCGAAGAACGCGAGCGCGAGAUUCACGCCAUCGCGGUGAAGAAUCGCGAGAAGCAAAUCGCGAAAGAGAUGGAGAUGGAAGCGAAGCUCGCGAAGGAGGCGAAGCUCGAGGCGAGGAUCAAGAAGAAGCGCUUAGAGCUCGCCGCCGCCGCGCGCGCGUCCGGGAGAACGGACGCGUUCGACUCGUUGUCCUCCCCGAACCGGAUGGGCGGGAUGCAAGGCGCUUCCCCGGCGGCGUCCGCGGCGCUGCUCGGGGAAGCCGCGCAGGCGCAAGUUCGAAAAACCCUGAACGCGCGCCUCGCGAAAGAUUCCGAUUGCGACCUCCCGCCCGGGUACGAGCGCGUGAACGACGGCGGGCACUUCUUCUGCCGGCUCACGCAGGAAGCGCUCGCGGAAGCGGACGAGUGGAGAGUACAAAACGGAGGCGAGGCGCUCAGCUCGGAGAAGAGGACGCUGUCCCCCGCGGAAACCGCCGGGAUGAUGAGUCGGCUCACGAAAUCGCAGACGUUCCUUCAGAGGAAGAAGGAAGCGGAGAAGGAAGCGCUCGAGGCGAAGAAAGCCGAGGAGCUCGCGGCGAUCAAGCGGAAAGAAGCGAAGAUCAACGCGCACAACGCUAAGGUCAAGGCGGAGAUGGAGCAGAUCAAGGCGAAGAAGGCGGAGACGGAGCGGGAGGAGAAGGCGAAGAAAAAAGCGGCGCUGGAGAAGAAACGCGCCAAGGCGGCGGAGAAGGCGGCGGAGGAGGCGCGGGAGAGAGAGGAGAAGAAAUCGCAGUUGGCGGCGUACGAGGCGAAGAAAAAGCAGGAGCUCGCGGAGAAGAUGCGCGCGGAGAAGGCCAAGGCGGUGGCGGAUAGGGAAGCACGGCAACGCGCCGCGGAGGAGGUGAUGCGGAAGCGGCAAGGUUUGCCCCCGAAGGAGGCAGAGGCGAAGAAGGCGAUGACGAAGGCUGAGAAGAAACGCGCGGAGGCGCAGAAGAAGAAGGAAUUGCAGAUUAAGAAGAUGCAGCUGAACAAGUCUCCGACGAUGAAGAUGCCUGAACCGAAGGCGCCGGUCCCGAAGGCGAGGGGAGGGAAGGCGGCGACGCCGUCGGCGCCAGCGCCGGCGGCGAAGGGCGGAACGGCGACGGCGAAGUCGCCCAAGAAGGCCGCGCCGAUCAAGCCGGUUCUGAGCAAAAAGGGGAAGUAAGCGAAUCGAUUCAUUCGCGUUAAGUCACCGGGGUGCACAUGUAGUUUUUCUUUCGAUUGUUCAUAUUAAGAUAAGGUUAAGGUCAUCU